UCGUUGCUUUCUCCAAGCUAGCUGGUCUGUGUCAACGCCAUUAGUUUCGCCUCUUAUCGAGCUCGAACUCGCAUCCAAAUCCCAGUUCUCAGGAUCCCUAACUCUCGGUUCCCGAAGUGAUCGAAAACUUGCCCUCUUCUAGUUACCUCGAAAUGCUCCAGUUCAACGCCACAAACACUUCCUCCCUUGUUCUUGAGCCUAUUAAUGGAAUGUACGUAUGACCAGACACACCACAAGAACGAAGAAGAAGACCACCACGACGAACACUCUAAGCAAGAAAAUUGUUCACAAAGCGUAAAGCUCUCUUUUUGGUUCUGCCCAACUGCUCGCCCACCCGGUUUACGAUAUACUAGCUAGCUUUGGUUCAUAAUAUAUAUUUGUAUCAGAAACUUUGACGCAAAUGGCUUUCUACUCUUUUAACUCCAAUUCUUCAUAUGGUUAUAACCCAAAUUCUUCACUCCACUCUGAUCAUUUUGAGAGGCUGUUCGACCCUUUUCCUCACGGCGUAGAAGGUUUUGAUGGGGUUAUGCAUGGCCGAUCGGCGCUAUCUCACUCGUUAGUUUUGGAUAGCGAGAAGGGAGAGCUUGUGAAAGCUCCGGUAAGAGUUGGAAAGAAAGGGUUGUCGGAGGCGAAGGCUUUGGCGGCUUUGAAGAGUCACAGUGAGGCAGAGAGGAGGAGAAGGGAGAGAAUCAACUCGCAUCUCACCACUCUUCGUGGUCUGAUGCCCUUCACUGAAAGGAUGGACAAAGCCUCGUUGCUUGCUGAAGUAAUAAGCCAAGUGAAAGAAUUGAAGAAGAAUGCAGUUGAAACAAGCGAAGGUUUUCUCAUUCCCAUGGAUGCUGAUGAGGUGAGAGUCGAGCCUUGUGAUGAUGGAGCAGAAGAUGGAAUAAUGACUUACAGGGCAACUCUCUGCUGUGAAUACCGACCGCAGUUUUUCUCUGAUCUAAGACAAGCCAUUGAUCCCCUUCAGCUUGAGAUGCGGAAGUCGGAAGUUUCAACCUUGGGUUGCCGGGUGAAGAACGAGUUCGUUUACGCUUGCUGCAAAGGUGACAACAUUAACAUGACAGAAUGCCAAGUUAUUGCAGAUAAUGUCCACCAAGCCCUCACUUCUGUAGUGGAUAAAGCUUCUGUCGUACCAGAAUACUCCCCAAGUAUAACACUCCCAACUAAAAGGCAAAAGGCCUCUUCCUUUGACACCUCAUCUAGUUCAUCCUGAAACUCUAGCUACACAUGCACAUGCUAUGCUAUUGUGGGUGAUUGACAUUCCGCGUUACUUGUGAAGGCAUAUGAAUAUCUGCCUCGAACAUAUAUGAUCGGGACUACUUGUACUUCAACUUAAAACUGCAGUAUGUGUUAUUCUUUCUAAUUAUAAGUCGGUAUGGUCUACGAAAGACACCCACCCUACAGUAAUAUAAUUUUUCUACCUUCAAAUAUCAUUCUACAGUACUUCAAUAUUACUGGAGCUUCUGCUGUUACUUCUGGCACUCAUAAAUGGC